AUAACUACAUCCUCUCAAAAAAAAAAAUAAUAAUAAUAAUAACUACAUAAUAGUUGGGUUGAGUCUCUUAUUGAAAGUUUGAAAAAAUGGGUCGAAAGAAAACAAAAAAAGUACAUAGAAUGACAUGUUUAUGAGUGAUUCUUAACCAGAACCUUUGACAGAAUUUGUAUCUCACUGUUUCUCUGCUCUUGCUUGCUUUGCUAUCAUCCACUAUAUGAUGGAGAAAUGACAAUGAUAAAAGGCGCGUCAGUCUCUGCCAUGGUGGAUAUCAAUCAAGAGAAGACUGCACCGAACACUGUUAACAACAUGUCAUCUAAGAAGGAACUCCUUUCCUCUGCUCUGAAGAGAACCAGUGAAUGGAUUUUCUCCCAGGAGAUCCCAAGCGAUGUUACUAUUCACGUUGGAGGGGCUUCCUUUUCCUUGCAUAAGUUUCCAUUAGUCUCGAAAUGUGGAUACAUUAGAAAGCUGGUAUCAGAGUCUAGUGAUGCUGAUCUUUCUGCCAUUGAACUCCCUGAAGUACCAGGCGGGGCAGAAGCAUUUGAACUUGCAGCUAAAUUCUGUUAUGGAAUAAAUUUUGAGAUAAGCACAGAAAACAUUGCCGCACUUCGAUGCGUGGCAGAGUAUCUAGAGAUGUCUGAGGACUAUGCUGUCGGAAACUUAGUAGGAAGAACUGACGCCUACUUGAAUGAAGUGGCGCUUCACAGCCUCGCAGGGGCAGUUUCUAUUUUACAUAUGUCAGAAAAGCUCAUUCCAAUAGCAGAGAGAGUAAAAUUAGUAAGCCGGUGCAUAGAUGCCAUUGCAUAUAUGGCCUGCAAAGAGAACCAGUUCAGUAUGUCAAGUAGAGCUGAGAGUGUAAAUGAGGGUUCAAUUUCUUCUUCAGCUUCUCAAUCGAAGACUAUUGUUGAUUGGUGGGCUGAGGAUUUGACUGUUCUUAGAAUCGAUAUCUUUCAAAGAGUUCUGAUUGCAAUGAUGGCUAGAGGUUUCAGACAAUAUGCUCUUGGUCCAAUACUAAUGCUCUAUGCUCAGAAAUCUCUACGAGGUUUGGAAAUAUUCGGGAAGGGAAGGAAGAAAAUUGAGCCAGAACUAGAGCAUGAGAAGAGAGUCAUAUUAGAAACAAUUGUGAGUCUUUUGCCAAGGGAAAAGAAUGCAAUGUCUGUUAGCUUUCUUUCUAUGCUGCUUCGAUCUGCAAUUUAUCUCGAGACAACAGUUGCUUGCCGGCUUGAUUUGGAGAAGAGGAUGGGCAUGCAAUUAGGCCAGGCCGUUUUGGAUGACCUCUUGAUUCCUUCGUAUUCCUUUGCUGGGGACACAUUAGUUGAUGUGGACACAGUGCAGAGGAUCUUGAUGAAUUUCCUUGACUUUGAAAUGGAUGGGAACUGUUUGGGUUGCAAUGCAGAUGAUGAGUAUGUUUCUCCUCCACCAAGUGAUAUGGAGCGGGUUGGGAAGCUAAUGGAGAACUACCUAGCUGAAAUAGCCACUGACCGUAACGUAUCUGUCUCAAGGUUCAUCAAUCUUGCUGAACUUAUCCCCGAACAAUCAAGGGUAACAGAAGAUGGGAUCUAUAGAGCAAUAGAUAUCUACCUAAAGGCUCAUCCUGCUCUAAGUGACAUGGAGAGGAAGAAAGUGUGCAGCUUGAUGGACUGUCAGAAACUAUCUCGGGAGGCCUGUGCUCAUGCUGCUCAGAAUGAGCGGCUUCCUGUUCAAACUGUGGUCCAAGUGCUUUAUUAUGAGCAACAACGCCUUAGAAAUGUCAUGAGUGGGAACCUCAUGGAUGGAGAUUCUCCUAAUCUUACUUCCAAAGUAAAUUUAUACUCCUCUGAUAUCCACCCAGUUUCGGAUGAGCUCUCCAGCUUACGAAGAGAGAAUGAGGACCUGAAAAUAGAGCUAGUGAAGAUGAAAAUGAAACUGAAAGAAAUUGAAAUUUCGGCGCUUAAAUCAUCAGUUAGCAGUCCAAUGCAAAACACUUUGCCAUCUGCAGACAAGCCUCCUCUGCCCCGAAAAUCAUUUAUAAACUCCAUGUCCAGAAAACUUGGACGGCUUUAUCCAUUUGUACGUGCUGAUGGUACACCUGGCAAUACCAAAGGUAAGACAAAAUCCAGCAGAAAUCGUCGGCACUCCAUAUCCUAAGACUUGGUUUGUUUUGAGCUGUAGUAGUAGUCUGUGAUGUUUAUAUUGCCAUUGUUACUUUAUUUUUAAGGCUUGAGAAGAGGACUAGUAGCCUCUGCCUGCAUUUGUGUGAAAUCGUUGAAAAUUAUACUGUAAUUCUAUGCUUCUCUCAAGAACUUUAAAUCAAUAAUUCAAAGGUGGUAAAUAGAAAAAGUGGAAUUGUUUAGUGCAA